CACUGCCCUACAGGCCCAACAAACAACUACGUCUACCUGGGCCGCUAGGCCUCGUCCCCGAACACAACAACCGCGGCUCGGCGCAAAACUCUUGGCAGGCGCACCCUCUGGCCGCCGCCGCCGACGACGAGCACGACAUCUCAGGUGAGGAAGGGAGGCGGGAAUGGCGGAUCAGAAGGUGUCUCAGUUGGGGCCUGGAGCUGCGUGCUGCGGCUGGAACCACUGCGGCCGCCGCCUAGCCGCCGGCGCCGUCGAUGGGUCCGUUUCCGUCUACGAUUCUCAGCCGUCUCCCUCCUCCAAGUGGCAGGCCCAUGAGCAUGCUAUAGUGGCUGUCGUCUGGCUUCCUCCGGACUACGGUGAUGCUAUAGCUUGUGUCUGUGCUGACGGUACACUGUCUUUGUGGGAGGAGAUUGCUGAAGAUGAUCAACUUCCAAUCUGGAGAAAAUGUAAAGUCUUUGAGGGUGGCAGUUCCCACAUCUUAAAUGUACAGUUUGGUUUGCUGCUGUCAAGUCUGAAAAUGGUUAUUGCAUACUCAGAUGGUCAAGUGAAAGUCUAUGAACUUUUGGAUUCGUUGGAAUUGGACAAGUGGCAGCUUCAGGCAGAGCUACAGAAUAUUACCGAUCCUGUUUCCAGAAUUGGGAAGCCAGCAUGCAUUUCUGCAUCAAUUGCAUGGAGUCCAAGAAGAGGUGAAGGCCAGCAGGCUAGUUUUGCUAUUGGUUUCAAUUCGGAUUCUCCAAACUUUAACUCUUGCAAGAUUUGGGAGUUUGAAGAAGCUCACCAGCGCUGGCUUCCACUUAUUGAACUUGGUUCACCGGAGGAUAAGGGGGAGAGAGUACAUGCUCUAGCAUGGGCUCCUAACAUUGGCAGACCAUAUGAGAUGAUAGCAGUUGCAACCUGCAAAGGCAUUGCAGUGUGGCAUGUAGGCUUCAACCCUGAAUCUGACGGCAGACUGUCAACAGAGAAUGUUGCUGUACUUCCCGGCCACAAUGGGGAGGUAUGGCAACUGGAAUGGGACAUGGGCGGUAUGACGCUCGCAUCGACCGGAGUGGAUGGCAUGGUUAGGCUAUGGCAAGCCAACUUAAAUGGAGUUUGGCAUGAGCAAGCUGUGCUUGACUGCAAUGGGUCACACCAGUAAGGGCUGGUCAUAACAAAAUAGGAUCCAAAAUUGCAGGCACAAAGCGAACUUAAAUGCCUUAAUAGCUCUUCAACAUGAAGAUAGGAUCCCAAAUUGUCGUUGCUAUCUGUUCACAAUUCUGCAAGGUUUCUUUAUGUCGUCUUGUGUGGAAGGUAUAGCGCGUGCAUGGUUGGCUUUGCCCUGACAAAACUAGGCUCCUCAACCAUGAAUGCAUGAUGUACCUGUUAUCCUUAUGUGGUUGAUGAUGUAGCUCUUCUUUAUGGCCAUGUGAUGGAAAAAAAAUGGUUCACAGUUGAUGAUGUAUCUGUUCUCUUGUAAACAAUUUAGCCUGCUGACUAACUUUAUUUUAUUCAACUGUCAACAAAUCACAAAUCAGUUCACAGUUUCCUUGAAA